AUGGUUACAUUAAAAUAUCUGGGGAAACAAGAACUCGUCUUAGUUAGUGCCUACCUGGAGAUAGAGAUACGUGCCAGUGAUUCUCGUGUGGAAAUCUUGUCAAAGGUUCACAAACACUUGAAGGCCGAGGAGAAAAAGGAAAGUGAAGCACAUAGUAUAAAAGAAGGUGAGGAAAUGGCUUCCACUGAAAAGGAAGAGAAGAGGAAAGAAUUGUUCGCUCCAUAUACUUCCCAAGGGUAUGUAGCCAGUGGCCACUCGGGUAAGCCCGUGGUAAUACUCAGAGACAGUGGAGCGGCCCAGUCUCUAAUUUUAGAAAAUUCAUUACCCGAAGGUAUAUCGGCGAAUGGGUUGCAGAAGGUAAUCCUGGGUGGAUUCCCUUCCACCUUGUACGUUGCCCCUUUGGUACAGGUGCGUCUAGACUCUCAGCACUUCAAAGGUGAGUGUCGGUUGUCCGUGGUGGAUAGUCUUCCCAUAAAGGGGAUUGACGUUAUUUUGGCCAAUGACUUAGCCCUAGGUUUGUUACCUAACUGUCCCGUAGUAGUGGAAGAUCCAGCGUGUGACGAGACCAGUCCAAUUGCGGCGGUACAAACAAGGUCUCAGGCUCAAUUCCAGGCACCACCAGAUUUAAGUACUUUGUUUGACUCUCCUCCUAUCCCACAGGUUACGAGUAGCCAUACACCAGUCCCGCCCGUCCAGUUGCCGGUUCCUGAACACUGGACUCGAGCCCAUCUGAUAGAAGAGCAGAGGAAGGAUCCUCAGGUACGGAAGUUGGCCAACACCCUAGACUCUCCUACGAAAGGAGGUGAUCUGUAUGUAUGGUCAAGUGAUGUACUGUGUCGCCGGCAUCCUCCGAAAUACCCCCAGUCAACUGAGGUGGGUGAGCAAAUAGUCGUCCCAGCCGUGUUCAGAUCUAGGCUGUUAGAGACGGCCCAUGCCGAUAGAUUUGCUGGACAUGGUGGGGUCUCGAAGACUUUCCAACGACUAGCCAAGUGUUUCUAUUGGCCGCAUAUGAAGAAGGACGUACGUCGUUUUUACAAAACCUGCCACACCUGCCAGAUGGCAGGAAAAGCAAACCAGCCUGUCCCCAAAGCCCCUUUAUGCCCCAUUCCAUCCAUAGGUGAGCCCUUCGAGCACCUCAUCCUGGAUAUAGUAGGCCCGCUUCCGCCUUCUACCUCAGGGGUGCAGUAUUUGCUCACUAUACUAGAUCGGAUCACCGACCUGGGAAUCCAACAGAUUACCUCCAGUGCCUACCAUCCCGAGUCUCAAGGAGCUUUGGAGCGUUUUCACCAGACGUUGAAGGGCAUGCUUCGGAAGUUUUGCUAUGACCGGCAGAGUAAGUGGGUUGACGAACUGCCCUACCUCCUAUUUGCGGUAAGAUCAGUGCCCAAUGAAUCACUAGGAAUCUCCCCAUUCGAGAUAAUUUAUGGUCACUCAGUAAGGGGUCCCUUAGAAGUGGCACGAGACCAUUGGCUAGACAAGGAAACCAACGAAGACGUUGUGGACUGGUUGUCUACAAACAAAGGCCGGUUGUUCUCUGCGUGGGAAAUGGCUACGAGAACCUUAGAGAGUACGCAAAAAACCACCAAGAGCAGGUAUGAUAAGAGGACCAAACAAAGAGAUUUCCUAGUAGGGGAUCUGGUUUUGGUAUGUACACCUACAGUAACUGGAAGUUUGAGCGCCAGAUUUGUAGGUCCUUACCAGGUCUUAAAGAAGGUUACUAAUCACAAUUUCCUUCUUAAUACUCCAGAUCGCCGGAAGAAAGAAACUUUGGUUCAUGUUAACAUGAUCAAAAAAUAUGAGGGUCGAGAUACGCUCCCAAUAACCAUGGUGACCACUAAAGAGGACAUUGAGGAAGAGGAAGAGGUAUUAACUAACUCAGAGAUUCUACUUAACUUGCAGGCAAAGUUGACACAUGUGGCCGAAGGACAUCAACCAUCAUUGUUGCAAAUGAUCCAGGAGUACAAGACUAUCUUCAGAGAUGUUCCAGGACUAACAUCUGUCCUAUGGCAUGAUGUCGUGCUGGAGGAAGGAAUCCGGCCUAUAAAGCAACACCCUUACCGACUCAACCCCCUGAAGAAAAGGGUGGUGAAAGAUGAGGUGAAUAAGGUCACUGUAGCAGAUACCUAUCCUCUCCCCAGGGUAGAGGAAUGUCUCGAUGCCAUAGGUAAAGCUCGUUACCUGACUAAAUUUGACCUGUUCAAGGGCUAUUGGCAAGUUCCCCUCACGGAGAAGGCCAAACCCAUAUCGGCGUUUGUGACUCCCGACGGGCUGUUUGAAUGUCAGGUGAUGCCGUUCGGGAUGAAAAACGCAGCCUCCACCUUUCAGAGGCUGAUGGGCAUUGUGUUGCGUGACGUGGAAAACACCUUGGUCUACAUCGAUGAUGUGCUAAUAUAUGAUGUUAAUUGGCAGGAUCAUCUACGUCACAUAGAGGAUUUCUUCCAGGCCAUGCUCCAAUCAGGAUUGGUGGUCAACCUACACAAAUCUGAGUUUGCCAGAUCCUCUGUCAUCUUUUUAGGUCAUAAGGUCCCCGAGUUUGAGGAUAGAUUUAUCCUGACUGUCGAUGCUUCUGACUAUGGCCUGGGGUCCGUACUAUCUCAGACGGAUGAAAAGGGGGUGGAACAUCCUGUGGCCUACCAUUCUAAGAAGUUCACCCCCAGUCAGCUCAACUAUUCCGUCAUAGAAAAAGAAAC